CGCAUAGCAUCCACUAGCUGUGCGCCAGUUCAGACAGCAGACUGUUGUUUGCAUGAUUUUUAAGUAAAGGAAACAGCGUUAUUAUAUUGUUAUUUGCUGCCCUGUUUUAAAAUGGAUUGCUCUGAAGACGUACAGCCACUUUCGGACGAAGCCAGUACUCCGGUGGAGUUAAAGAAAGGAAUGUCAAUAUUUUUGGAUAUACUGAGAAGAGCUGAUAAAAAUGAUGAUGGCAAGCUGUCCUUUGAGGAGUUUAAGGCAUAUUUCUCAGAUGGAGUUCUGUCUGGUGAUGAAUUGAAGGAGCUCUUCCAUGUCAUUGAUACUCAUAACACAGACAAUGUGGACACAGAUGAGCUAUGUGAAUAUUUCUCUCAGCAUCUUGGAGAAUAUGAAAAUGUCCUUGCUGCCUUAGAAGACCUGAAUGUCUCUAUACUGAAGGCUAUGGACAGAACCAAAAAGGAGUACCAGGAGGCCACGCACCUGGAACAGUUUGUGACACGCUUUCUGCUGAAGGAGACCACCAGCCAGCUGCAGUCACUCCAGAGCUCACUUGAAUGUGCAGUGGAGACGACGGCUGAGCAGACCCGGCGGGAGAGACAGGCUCCCAUGAAGCCUGAGGUGCUGUCGAUUCAGUGGUCAGGCAGGAGAUCCAAUCGGAGGCUUCAAAGGAAUAACAGCUUGUCUCCAAACAACCCACUUCCCAGCCUUGUCAGUUCAGGUCUAUAUGAGGAGGACAACCAGUGGAUAACCCAAAUCAACAGACUGCAGAAACUGAUUGAUCGCCUAGAAAAGAAGGAGCUGCGUCUGGACCCAGUAGAAGAGGAAGUCCUGGAAGGCACCACCAAAUCACACAUUCUGAUUGUGCAGCGGCAGCUGCGUGUGCUCGAGGAUGGCCUGGACGACUUCCGUCUGGCUCUCCGGCAGUACAUCGACUGUGCUAGCACCCAGACCGGCUGCUUGCAUAUUGCAGUUCAGAGGAUUGCUAAUGAGUCUCGCUUCAUAUUGUAUGAAUUCUGGGAGCACAGCAAUGUGUGGAAGAAUCACUUGCAGACGAACUACAGCAAAACCUUCCAGAGGGGUAACGUGGAUUUCUUAGAGACUCCAGAGAUUAUAACCACCAUGCCGGUACCAGCAUCAUGGUGGGUGCUGAACAACAACUAGACCCAUGGAUAUCCUGACAGAAGGCUCUAAAGGAAACCAGUAUGGCAUUGUUGUUUCUUAAUCAUCUGGAAACGCACCCUUGUGUUAAAAUUUGGUGUCGAGUCAUGGUGUAUAUAAUCAGAUACCCAUGGUCCUGCAUCAUUAGUUCUUUAAGAUGUGUACAUUUCUAGAUGUUAACUGCUUAAGCAAUGACUGUCAUUCUGAUGGUGGUACAUUCUGUUGAUGUGUUAUCAGGAUUAGGACUUUGUUAAUCUGUCACUGGACAGCACCAGUAUGUGUGAGCAACAGUGCCCUGUGCUGUUAUUACCAGUCUGUGUAAGUGUCAGGACUCGAUGCCUCCUUAUGUAGCAGAACUUGUGAGCUGAACAAUCCAACAAGUUUUUGACUCUGCUGAUUUUGUAUAACGAUGCACUGUUCUUGCUGUACGCUACAUAGUUUGUACACUCUGAAUAAAGA